UGUUUUCGAAUAUGCGGCUGGGCCUUCGCAAGAAAACGUUUCAAACCGAAGCAAACUUAAAGUCUCAUUCAAAAUGCAAGAAUUGCCCGAUGACAUACCAACAAAGCUGAUUUAUUCACACAACUGUAAACAAGGAGCCGUAAGAGCAGUCAGAUUUAAUGUUGAUGGGACCUACGUCCUGAGCUGUGGCAGUGACAAGAGCGUCAAGCUCUGGAACCCGCACCGAAAUCUGCUGCUCAAGUCCUACAUAGGUCACGGGUUUGAGGUGCUGGAUGCUCAAGGGUCCAGCGACAACAGUCAGAUAUGCUCCUGCAGCAUGGAUAAGACUGUCAUGGUGUUUGAUGUGGCAACUGGGAAGUCUCUCAGAAAAUACAGAGGACAUGCAGGUACGGUGAACUGUGUGCGGUUUAAUGAGGAAUCCACCCUGGUUUUGUCUGGGUCCAUAGACAGUACCAUCAGGAUAUACGACCUCAAGUCUCGCAAGAUGGAACCUAUACAGAUACUGGAUGAGGCCAAAGAUGGUGUGACGUGUAUACAGGUAUCUGACCACGAGAUCCUGUCGGGCUCGGCUGACGGCAGAAUACGACGAUAUGACCUAAGAGUUGGCAAGAUGACUGUGGACUUGAUAGGAAAGUCUAUAACGAGCGUGACGUUCACACGUGAUAGCCAGUGUGUGCUGGUCUCCACACUUGACAGCAGUCUCAAACUCAUGGAUAAAGACACAGGGGAAAUGCUCAACGAGUAUGUUGGCCACACCAAUACCGACUACAGGAUAGACAGUUGCCUGAACAGCAAAGACACACACAUCUUGAGUGGCUCUGAAAAUGGCUCUGUUUACAUCUGGGAUCUCAUAGAGGGUAAAGUAUUGCAUCAUCUUCCACAUGAAGGUCAAAAAGUGGUACAUUCCUUGACCUUUCACCCGUCGGAGAACUGCUUGAUAACGGCAGCAGGAGACACAAUGUAUGUGUGGAAAUCAAGACAUGCGGCAAGUCUGGACACUUGAAGUACCGUGGCUGUGAUGUGGUACACAGUCAAGAUGUUAGGUUUGUGUUAGUAAUGGAAAACAGAAUAGGGCGAUGAGCAGAGUUCUGACCCAUAAGAAGUGCCAUGGGAAGUGGUUUAGGUGUAAUACAAGCAUUUGUUUAGGAAAAAGUCUAUUUGUAUUGCAGUUUGUUGUUGAAUAACCCAUGAUCGGGAUUGUAGAUUUAUAGGAAUGAAAUCACUAGUUAAAUGAAAAGAAAAGUAUUCGUUUUUUAGUUACAAAUUUAAUUAAAUUACAAAUUACAUUUAUCUAUUUUUAUGGCUGUGGGUUAUUCAACAACUAUGAUAUAAGAUGUAUUAUUUGAAAUCUUAAACAAUUUCUAAAUCUGUGUUUUACACAUAAACUUGAACAUUCUAUCUUUAUACCCUGUCCGACAUAAGAUUGAAUGUUCUAUCUUUAUACCCUGUCCGUUUUUCUACAGCUUACAUUUACCAGAGUAUACUAAUGCAGUAAUAUUACCAUAAAAAACAAUAUGGCGUCAGUACCAUUAAUAACGUUGGGCGAUUUAACUCUGAUUCAUUGAUUAAAAUUUAAGAUCCAGUACUAUGACGUAAUUGUAAUUGAUACUAGAAUUUGAUAGAUCGCCUUUUAGCAUGUAUUGUACUGCACAAUUUUUUUGGAAUUAUUUGGCUUGGCCCCUAUUAUGGUAGAAUAACCCACACUUGAUUCUAUGUUUGUUGGAAUACACUGUAAAGUAUGUGUAUAUAGUUGUAUAUUAUGUUCACAUAGUUGUGUCAUUUUUUUAUUGUUCUAUUUUCUUGAUCAGGUUGAAUAGUAACACUGAUUCAGACACUAUUGGCCCUUUGUUUUGGUAGUGAAUUUCAGCAGGUGUAACAUAUUGGCAGUAUUUGAUAACUUAAUGUCAAUUUUCCAAAAAUGCUAUGCCAGUUAUAUAUUUAUUGGUAAGUAAACAAUCUUGUGUUUUU